AUGGCCGCCUCCACCGUCUCUGUCUGCUCCAGUGACCUGAGCUAUGGCAGCCGCGUCUGUCUGCCUGGUUCCUCUGAGUCCUGUACAGGCUCCUCCUGGGAGAUGGAAGACUGUCCAGAGAGCUGCUGUGAGCCCUCCUGCUGCGCCCCCACCUGCUGCCAGCCCUCCUGCUGUGCCCCCACUUGCUGUGCCCCAGAUCAUUGUGUGACUCUCAUCUGCACCCCUGUGAGCUGUGGGUGCAGUCCCUGCCAGUCAGGCUGCACCAGCUCCUGUGAGCCCUCCUGCUGCCCGCAGUCCUGCUGCCAGUCCUCAUGCUGCACUUCCUCCCCCUGCCAGCAGAGCUGCUGCGUGCCUGUCUGCUGUAAACCAGUGUGCUGCAAGCCCAUCUGCUGUGUGCCUCCUCUCUGCUGUAAGCCCAUCUGCUGUGAGUCCAGCCCCUGCACAGCCUCCUCCUGCUGCCAGCCCUCUGUCUGCUCCUUCUCUUGCUGCAAGCCCUCCUCCAGUGUGUCCCUCAUUUGCCUCCCUGUGUGCAAGCCGGCCUGCUGUGUGCCCACCUCCUCUUGCUGUGCCCCGACCUCUUCCUGCAUGUCCCUCAUCUGCCGCCCUGUGUGCAAGCCAGCCUGCCGUGGCCCCUCAUGUGGCCAGAAGUCCUGUUGCUGA